UAUGCAGUAAUAGACUGAUUGUGUGAAGUUUAGUGAAAGGAGGGGAUGGUUAUGAAAUAACUUCCAAAUUGAUCAUAUCUUCUGAUAUGGAGUUGCAAUUCGUACACGAAAGAUUUUCUUAAAUUUGUCAAAAUUAAGAAGCUCAUCUCAAACAGGAAAUUAAUACCAUUGGAUGAAUUUGAAACCCCUACAAUGAUAUUAAGUUUAAACUUCUCUGAUAUGAGCAUCUGUCUUCUUUUAAAAUCUUUCUUCUUCCGGAAUGACUUGACUACUUGAAAUACAGCAUUCUUAAAGAAUACUAGACUUUUUAACGGUACUGUACAUGGUUAUUGGCAAAGAAAAUAGGGACGGUAAGAGAUAUCUAGAUGAGAUGAUUCUUAUUAGCUGAGGUCAUAAUCAUGAUAUGAAUGAAAGGCCACCUGGUCCGAAAGAUAAUCCACGUAGCUCACCCAAACGACAUUGUUACAAACUGGUUAGUUAAGGUUGUUGAGCUUCGAAACCAACAAAUCUACCCACGUUUACUUUCACUUCCAUACGAAAACUCCUAUAAAUUCCCUAUCUCUCUCCCUCCCAAUCCAGUCAUCUUCAAUUCUUUCUUCAGAUUCCACAACUCCUAGCUUACCAAGAAAACCCUCAACCUAAACGCUCUUUUCAAUCCCAUAUGGCCCUUCUCGUGUCUUUCUCAAGAAUGGCUCCAUUUUUAGCAAUAGCUUUGAUAGGCUUGAUCUACCCUGCUCAUGGCCAAAUCAAUACCCCAUGCACGCCUUCGUCGCUUUCCAGCAUCUCCCCUUGUAUGAAUUUUCUUACAAAUAGCAGCGGCAAUGGCACUUCCCCAAGUCAAAAUUGUUGCAAUUCACUAAAGAACCUUACAAGUAAUGGCAUGGGCUGCCUAUGUCUCAUUGUUACAGGAAGUGUUCCCUUCCAGAUUCCAAUCAAUAGAUCUUUAGCCAUCUCUCUCCCUCGUGCUUGUAACAUGCCGGGCGUCCAAGUUCAAUGCAAAGCCUCUGUUUCACCAACUCCUGCUCCAGGUCCUGCCUCACCUCGUGUUUCUCCCUCUGCUAGUCCUCAAGCUUCUGUUGUUCCUGAGCCCACUCCAUCUACUCUUCCACCAGAAUCCAGCACAACUCCAUCAGUGCCUACGGUGGAUACUGGAGCCCCGACUUCGUCUACCGGGAACCGCCCAGUUGUAAAUCCUCCGUCAUCGGCUGCUGUCUCCUCUUAUAGCUUUUCACCUUCUCUUCUACUAUUUGCAAUUGGAUUUGUAUUUGUGAAAUACGAUUAGAUUCUUCUAGCUCCAUUUCUGUCAUUGUGUUAAGAAAUAUUCUAUUGAUUUAGGAUUAUUCCCAUUAUAAUUCAGACCCAUAUUGGGUUAUCAUUUAUUAAAUAAA